UGCUUCGUGAAACCAGCUACAGUCUGGCUGGGGGCUCACCUGCCUUGGGUGGGCCCUGGCCUUACCUACAGAAUGUUGGUUUAGUCCUGUCCUCAAGACCGAGUGAGGAAGGAGCAGAUUCAUUGACCAUUAAGAGGAGAAAGGCCAGGUCUCAGGGAUUUCUGAUCCUCAUGGGGAGGUCAGCUGAGCUGGGCAGGGAGAGCUGAGCUGUCGGUGGCGGAGCAGCCGAUUAAAGCCAUAAGGCGACGGUGAGAGAUCACUGCCCGUGAGCGCACAGGCAAGUGUAUAGCUGGAGGAAGGGCCCGCUCCCCCUGUCCCAUUUUCCCCAGGGAAAGGUGCAUUGUCGGGGGUCAGGACCAAGGUGGGGAUCUUCUCACUGGGGAGGGAACCCCAAAUAAAAGGCUCCAGCGGUGUGAUGGCCCCCGAGGUGUGUGUACGUGUGUGAGAGGGGGCCGGGAAUGGACUAGUCCUGGCUGCGUAACGGGGGUUCUCACACCUCCCUUUAUAAGGGGGUCUCGGCAGAGACACCGGAAGAGGACCUUGGUCCAAGGUCUCAGAUAAAAUGACUCUGGGAUAUAAAUAUGCAAAAGAGCUAGACUGACCAGGGAGGGCCAAGACCUUGACCACAGCUCCCCUCAGACGCUGCCGCGCCCUGCUGUCACCAAGUCUGCUGCGGGGAGGGCAGUGUCCCUGUGAGACCUGCCAGGGAAAGCCCUCGCAAUUACCUAUGGUCAGGCCUGAAAGAUGACACGUGGCAGUGUAACCAGGAGCUGGACUCCUUGCUCCCAUUCUCUUUCGCUCUUGCUUAUUUGCUCUGAUGAGGCCAGACGCCAUGUUGUGAGCUGCCCGAGGGGAGACCCACGGCGUGAGGAACAGAGAGUGGCUUCCAGGCAACAGCCAGCAUUGAACUGAGGCCCUCGGUCCCGUAGCCCUUGAGAAACUGAAUCCUGCCAAGGACUACGUGGGUGAGCUUGGAGGAAUUUCCUUUCCCAGCCGAACCUUGAGAUGACUGAAGUCUCCGCUGGCACCUUGGCAGUAACCUUGGGGGAGACCUUAGCUGGAGAACCCAGCUAAGCUGGGCCCAGAUUCCUGACACUCAGAGACUAGGAGUGUGUGAAGGAAAAGUUUUGAAGUUAGUCCGUUCAGUAUGCUACAAAAGAAUGGCAGGCUAAGCCUUGUUCUUAUCCUAAGAUACAUUUUUAUGAAUUUAUCUGUGCCCUCUAUUUAUAAGUAAUAUGAACCGUUAAGAGAGGAGAAAGAAGGGAAAUGUGAAAGAACAUUCAGCCAAAAAAGACUGAUGAUAAAAAAGCGGCACUUCAACUAGAUACACCGGGAACAGUUCUGCAGGUGACCUUGUACUCCGUGCCUGCAGAUGACCUCGCCCUCCAUGCCUGCAGAUAAACAUCUUUGCCUCCAAAUCAGCACAGCCAAACCAUGCAGUGUUUCACACACGUGUCCUGGAAAUGAACACACCGAGUAGUGUUUAAUGAUCGGUGGAGCCAGACAGAUGAGACACGACUGAUUUGCAUGAACCGUGUCCUGGGUUUCAGAAUUGAGGAAGGUUUCAUUAAAUGACAAGAAGGAAGAACAAUGACAUUGGGGAAGUAGAGAUGACACUUCCUCUUCUUUCGAAAGAGCCUUACGCUCUGGUCAGCCUCUAAUGGUCAUCCGGUGUAGCCAGAGCCGCCUGAGCUGUGGCCGCUUCCAGUGGAAUCCUCAACCUUGGCCUCAGAGUAUUAUGAAUUUUCUGAAUUCAGGGAUAAAGAGCCAGUGCUUGGAUUUACUCUCUUUUUAUUGCAUACGCUCAUCAACAUUCCAAAGUGAUGUACAAAUCAGUUGCCUUGAGAGGAACGCCAGACCCCUAGCUCUUCUGGGCCCAGAAGCCAGCGCGAGAUGAGAGACCCCAGAGCAUUCAUCAAAGCAGAGAUCUCUGGCUUCAUCUCCAGCUACUGACUCUACCAGAUUAGGAAUCUCCUAAUGUAAACAGAACUUCAUUCAAGAUAUCGAAAUGGUUCUUCAUUCUUUUUUUUUUUUUUUUUUUUUUUAAAGAAAAGUACCUGGGCCUCACUCCAGAAGUACUAACUCAGAAUCUCCAGAAACAACGAGAUCAGAAGCAACAGACCUGGAACGAGGAAGUGCAUAACUUUUUGCUGUGGCUGUAUGAGACCUUCAGCCAGCACUCAGUGGGUGUUCUGUGAGAACUGCUCCACAUGUGAUGUAGUUUUGAUGUAUCUGUGGGAGGAGGUGAGCUCCACGUCCUUCUAUUUCACCAUCUUCAUCUCCCAGUCUGCUUAUUAUUUUCUUAUUGUUUUUGUUUCUAUCAAUUUGACAUCAUACAUGGCUACUGAUGGCAGUGAUCUUCAGGUUCCCUUGCGUCAGAAGCAGAGAAAGAAAACUAAAGGUUUUUUCACCAUGAGUCGGAGGAGGAUAUCAUGUAAAGACCUGGGGCACGCUGACUGCCAAGGGUGGCUAUGUAAGAAAAAGGAAAAAGGAACUUUCCUAGGCAACAAAUGGAAAAAGUUCUGGGUGGUCCUGAAGGGAUCAUCACUGUACUGGUACAGCAAUCAAAUGGCAGAGAAAGCUGAUGGAUUUAUCAACCUGCCUGAUUUCACUGUAGAGAGAGCAUCUGAAUGCAAGAAAAAGCAUGCUUUUAAGAUCAGCCAUCCACAGAUCAAGACCUUUUAUUUUGCAGCUGAGAAUGUGCAGGAAAUGAACCUGUGGUUAAACAAAUUUGGAUCAGCUAUAAUCCAUCUUGAAUCCACUACAAAGGAUGAAGAAUGCUACAGUGAGAGUGAACAGGAAGAUCCCGAGAUAGCUGUCGAGACACGACCCCCUCAUUACUCUGCGGAGACUCUCUCUCCUUUGGCUGCCCAGCGGGCAUCUUCGUCUUCACCCAAAUUGAAUGAAACAUCGCGUUCUUUCUCUUCCAUGGAAAACAUAAAAAAGACACCCAGCAGUUUGUCUUCCCCCAUAUCUAGAGAAAGACUGCCCUGGAUGGACGUGAUUGACAUCUCGUCUGCCGCUGAAGAUGUGGGACGGUCUGUGACACGCGCUGUGCAGGCCCGCUCACCUGCACCCUCGGAGGCAAAUGGUCGCAGGGCCCUGGAAACCAGCUUCGCCACAUCAGAAAGUGGAGUUUUGAACUCUUUAUCCAGUGAUGACGCUUCUUCAUUGAGUAGCAACCUAGAUCAUCUUUGUGCCCCAGACAAGCCGGCUGGAUCAGAGAUGACAGAGAGAGAAGAGACAAAAGUGUCUGAAGAUGAUGAAAUGGAGAAGCUCUACAAAUCGUUAGAGCAAGCUAGUCUAUCUCCUCUUGGGGACCGGCGACCUUCAACCAAAAAGGAGUUGAGAAAGUCCUUUGUCAAGCGGUGCAAAAAUCCAUCCAUAAAUGAGAAGCUCCACAAAAUCCGAACUUUGAAUAGCACAUUAAAGUGUAAAGAACAUGACCUGGCCAUGAUUAACCAGCUGCUGGAUGAUCCGAAGCUGACAGCCAGAAAGUACAGGGAGUGGAAGGUCAUGAACACCCUGCUCAUCCAGGAUAUCUACCAGCAGCAUCAACAGCAGAGGACCCCUACGUCUACCCCCGAAGUCUCCCUCCAGGGACUCGAGAAACCACCUUCCUCUGCCUGCAUUGAAAAUUCUAUUUGAGAACAAGCCAGGAUGCUCUCCCCCCCGCAUCUUACCCCAAAGCAACUCUUCAAGAUGUUGUAGUAGCUUAACAUUUUUCCUUAUAAAGGAAAACUGAAAGCCAGUUCCUGGAAGCACCAGCUCCUCCUCUAGGGAUGCAACUGGGGUGAAGACAAACACUGAUGCUGCAUCACCAGUUUCAGUGCUUCCAUUCCAGCUGGAGGGAUGGAGUCCAGAUGAGCAAAUGGUCUCUGUGUUCCUUCUGGGAGCCCCCGGCCAUGCUAAGUUCUAGAUGGGAUGUGAGAACUGUCACCUCUGUCUGUUGCUCUCAAGAGAAUGACAACAUUCCAUGGACAAAAGAUCACUUUUUACCAGGGAUGCUUCUUCAUAGAAAUACUCUGUUUUCCAAAAGAAGAAUGUAUAUAUUCCAUCUGGUUGGGUAGCUGAGUUCCCCAAGUCAUCUUUUGAGUGGAGGAAUGCUAUCUACAGCAGUAACCGGGGCAGGACAGAUGUGGUAUUGUGGAACCCAAAUCGCUUGCCUUUGGUCCAGAAUGGUGGUGCCUUUUCCACGUGUUGAGAAAUACUUCAUAGCAAAUGGUGUGCGGGAAUGCCCAAGGAGGAGGCGUGUCCUAUAUUCCACUCGCUCAAAGGACAGCUUAAUAUAUUCAGACUUUAUCCAGUUUGGGUAAGGGAUCUGAUUAAUGUUUCCUUUCCACAGAACAGCUAAAGAAAACUCUCUCAUUACACUUGGACACCUCUAUUCCCUCUGAGAUUUUCUAAACCACUGUAGGACAUAGUAAUAUGUCCAGCGAGGAAUGUUUACUGCCUUUGCCCUUGGGUGUGGUAGCUAUGCACAGUGUAAAUGUACAACCAGGGACUCCCCUGGCAGUCCAGUGGUUAGGACUCCGCGGUCUCACUGCCAAGGGGCUGGGUUCAAUUCCUGGUUGGGGAACUAAGAUUCCCCCAGGCAGUGCAGCAUGGCCUAAAAUAAAUAAAUAAAUAAAUAAAUAAAUAAAUAAAUAAAUAAAUAAAUGUACAUCCAGAUUCCCCAGGAUCAAUAUUGACAAGAUGAUUCUGGUGUCUGAAUUGUUUUAGUAUCUUUAGUGUCUAAAAAAAAUCAACCCAACAGAAACAACAAAAGAGUUAAAACAUGACUGUUUUAUUUUUGUAUGUUUAUGUGUCACUUUGUGUCCUAUGUGAAUAGCUAAAUAUAUUUGUUAUUUAAGAAUAUUUAUAGAAGUUCAAAUUACUAGUGUCUUAAAAGAUGAUAUUAUAUGUUUUAUUCAGUAUAUGUUUCAAAGUAUAUACUUUUUGCUUGAGAAAAAUAGGAAUACUAUUGAUUCACUGGAGUUAUUAUGUUGCACUAUAAUGUCUGAGGAAUGCUCAGGAAAUCUUGUGGGAUAAAUGUAGGGCAUGCAUUAAUAAUCUUUAUUUUCUGGCUUUUCUCUCUGCUUCUUUCUCUCUUUUUUCUCUCUCUCUCCAGAAUGCUUAGAUUUCUAUCUGUUGUAAACCAUCCUCCUAACCAGAAAAGGACUUUCCUCUUACAUUAUCCCUUCUAGUAAAUAUACUUUAAGUUUUAUGCCAUUUAUGCCUACGUAUCCUAAACCAGAUGAAGCACAAUUAAUGCAGUCUUUUGAUGGAAGACUAAUAGAAAUUUUGGGGUUUACCGUUUAAGAGAACUCAUUUUAUUAGAGAAACAAUAGGAAAGUUUUCACCCACUAAUCACCGUGAAUACUUCACCAUAAGAAUAACCACAACCCAUCAAAGACCCAUUUUGGCCUAACCCCUAGCAAGUUGUCAACACAACAUCGUUGGCUUUAUAGUGUCAAAGUGUGUGGCUUGACAUUCAAAUGGAAAUAACCCCCUGAAUUUUAUCUGCGAACUAAAUGGAAAUAGUUGUUGAAAUUUUCCCUAAGCUUUACUAAGAAGUCUUAAUACUUUGUAAACAAAAAACAACCUUAGCAUUAAGAAAAAAAAAAAAAAAAAAAAAACCCAGGAAGCAAGUUGUAAUACUAGAAGCUUCUGAAAGGCCAUGCAAGUCAGUUUGGCCCAGUAAACAUUUAGGUGCUCCUGCAACAGUUGGAGCGUACUGGGCAGGGCUCAGACCCUGCAGAAGAGGGAACCUGGCUCUCUGUGAGUUUACUGUUGGCACAGAAAGAAGCAAACAUCUAGGUCCUCAGACUGGACCCUGAAGUUUCUGGUUUGAAGGCCAGUGCUUUAAUCUCUUUACUCUAGAAAUCAGCAUUGAUUCUUUCUGUAAUUAGCAGCAUCUAAUUCUUCCCAUAAUUAGGUGGACUGUUUAGGAUUCACAAAGUAACCAAAGUGGUGAGAAAAGGAGAAAUAAUUGCAGAGGAAAGGAUGGAAUGAUAAGGCAUUCUUCUACCUUUUUCUCUUUGGUUUCCAGCACCAACCUAUAAACGUUAAACCAGUUUUUCCUAAAGUGAAGUGCUUCGAAAGCUUUUGGCCAGGGCUUGCAAAUAUAUUCUAACGCUUUACUUUGACUUUUCAUGAAUACAUAUUUAACUGACCUUUUAAAGUCCAUUGGUACCGCUCCAACUUAAAGGCAAAACAGAUCCGUGAGAUUACUCAGUCUAGCUUUUCAGUUACUUUUCAAAGUCAAGUUCGUCGAGAUGGUUUUGCUGUUUUAGUUAGAACAGUUACUAUGCAGAACCUCCCAAACGAAAGUUAAACUGAGAUGCACGAUUUCGCACCCGGCUCUUCUAGACCAAACUCACCUGCUCACUUGUGACUUCCCUUCUGAGGAUGCUUUCACUCUGUGUUACGUUGUGCUAGGAAGUAGGGGCACGGCUGCUGUGAGUCUCCCUCCUCCGUGUGCCUCUGCCUUGUGCGGUGGCUGUGGGGACGCAGCAGCUGGACUUGGACUGUACGUGCCAUCGCGCUGCAAUGGGCACAGGGCCGUGGUAGCUUUUGCGAGGUCAUCCACUGGAAACCCAAAGGCCCCUUUUCCUUGAGUACAGUCUCUUCCUCAUGGCCUGAAAGGUUACUGUCCCUCCUGCAGUGACCUGCUGCUGGGCUGGCUGUGGGUUGGGGUGUAACAUCACUCUGCUUCCUUUCCUUCCUUCUGUAAAGUACACUGCUUGUUAGGAGCUGUGAGAUCCUUGGACGAAAGGGAUCCAUUUAUUUUGUUUUCCUUUUAAAAUGUGUCAGGAGAUGCCAGAGACUGAGCUUAGUGAUUAAGAGUUAGGACCUUAACUUUCCUCUCAAUUCCUUUUCAUGUAAUUAUGCUAAUUUCGUCAGACAGCCUCUAAGCCACAAACAAUAUCAUAGAGACGAUCCAGAUACUUUUAAGUCUUUUGAAGAGAGGUGCUAUACCAAUUCCAGCCAUAUUUAAAUUCAUGGACACGUACCUCUUUGUACGAUACUCUGAUUGAAAGAUAAUAUUUUGAUGAGGCCACACAGAAGAUUGAGUGAGUAAUUUAGGCACACAAGGUGCCCAUCCAACAGUCACUCUAUGUUGCAAAGCUGCCGUGUCCAAAUGAAGUUUUAGGAUGCAUCUCUUCUUCGUCUAAUAGAAUUUGAUAUUUGAUUGGGGUUUUCCAAUGUAUUUCACCUUUCAAUUUUUUUUUGUACACUUAUAAGAGGAAUGGAAUCCUAGAAAUGUGAGGUGACUGUCCUGCCUAUGGUUUUGUAAUAUGUCACUAAAAAUGGAAGCCCCUGAAACUAGAUUUUAGCCACUCAUAGGAAAUGGACUGGGGAUGGGCCAUCCUUCCACCCAGCACUGAGAGCUGCUCGUCUCAGCAAACAAGAUAAUGAACCUCUACAUGUUUCUCUAUGUUGUGAGACAGGAAGUGAUGUUCUUACCUCCUCUGCACAUCUCUAUUCUUCCUCACAUCACCACAGACCACAGCGAAAACGAAGAAGAAAAAAAGAUAUUUAUAGAUAUUUUAAAAAAUAGUUCAAUUUCUCCUGCUGUGAGAAGACUUCACUGCCCUGUUUUGAUAUUUCUUUUGAGCCCAAAGGGGAAGCAUGCCCCAGGGAGACGUCGAGCAUCUGUUAAUAAAGCCGAGGAUUUUAUUUAUUUAUUUA